GCGUAUCAGGCGAGGCAGCCAGCAGACAAGAAGGACGACGACUUGGCCGACCCGAUCUGCGCCGAGAUGCUGUUCUGGCAGUCCGUGAAGGACAACGGGUUCGCCUGCCCGACGAGUGGCAAGGUCCACGCCAUCGCGGGCAGGUGGGAGCGCGCCAAGAAGUCGAACCCCCAGCUGAAGGCCGAGUACAAUGGCAUCAGCUGCCCCAAGGCGCAGGAGAAGUUCAGGAAGGAGUGGGCCAAGAACAACUACGACAAGUACAUGAGCGAGCGCAUCGAGACCCAGAAGAAGACGAAGUCCUCCAGCACCGUGAGGAUUGCGUGGCUUGAGGGCGGAGGUGCCGAGGGGCUACGUGCCGCCAUCCAGAAUGCCAUGUCGUGCCUCACUGCUGGCCAGGAGAACUACGAGUACCAUGAGAAUACCCGCAAAAUUCGCUGGGCGUACUCGGUCAAUUCGCAGACAGACACCAUGCAGCGCGAGUGGGAGAUCAGGCAGACUUGGAGGUACGAGCAGCACAGGAAGAAGCAGACGGAGAUCGUCGCGGCGCAGAUGCCUUCUGGCGGAGCACUGGCGGCCUCGGGUGGAGCACAGGCGGCCGCGGCAUCUGAGGUGACUCCCAACACGAGGCCGAGGGCGAUCGAUGGCUCGGAGAGCGCCGAGAAGGCGGGCCAGGAGAUCACUACUGGGGGCUCGGGCAAGGGCAAGGGCAAGAAGCGCACGCACACUGACGGGCAACAUGAUCCUGGCCCACGGACGCCUGCAAGGCCAAAGGCCAAGGCUAAGGUCGAGAAGCCACGUGGGCUUGCAGCGAUCAAGGGCACGAGCGAGACCAAGGCGAAGGUGAUGAAGGGCCAGUACUCAAUCGUGCUGAUGCAAGCGCAGGAGUUCUACACAAAAUUGACCACCCAGAAGAAGUGGUCGUGGGCUGAGGAGGACAAGCAGCAGAUGAAGAAAGAGAUCGAGCAGCUCGAGCAGAUCGUGCAGAGCGACCCGUUCCACGUUGGUUUCUUGAUGUCGGUCGAUUUCAACGAGUUCAAGAAACAUUACUUGUCGAAGUAUUCGAAGGAGGACUUCCAGGUUCGUUUGGAGAAAUUCAACAUGGCGAUCGACUCCCCGCUCCUCAGGGUCCUGGACAUGAUGUCGGCGCUCGCGAAGCAGCAGGCCGUCCGCGAGGAUCAGAGCAGGGGCAGCGCGUGA